AUGCCGUCUGCCCACCAUAAACCGAACCUCUGUGGCUCUCUCUCCUUGCGUCCCACCUAAACAAAACCAAACACAAGCUAGAGCCUAAGAGCCAUGAGAAGCAUUGGCGGGAAGGGGACGGUUAGGCCAACCGUUUUUAUCUUCACCACACCACGACCUCCACUCUUGGCGCCAAAGCAAAGCCGUUAGAUUGUUGGUCACCAUCUCAAACCCAACUCGAUCGCCUCCUCCCCUCCCACCCAUUUUAUCCCUUGACGCUCAAAUCAGCCGCGCCCCCAAUGCCCCUCCCCCUUGACCGGCCACCACAAUGCGGCCGCCCUCGUCGUCGGCGACGCCCGGGACGGGCCGGGUGUCGGCGUUCACGAUGCGCGCGGUGGCGCGCAUGUCGAGGGCGCGGUGGUUCAUCUUCCUGAGGCGGGUGUACCAGUACCAGAACGGCCCGAGGUCCGACCUGGGCUCCAACCCCUUCAACUCGCCCGGCUGGCUCGCCCUCGAGCUCGGCGUGAUCAUGGCGCAGAUGGUCGUCACCACCGCCGUCGUCGCCACCUCCCCCAAGGAGCGCCCCGCGUGGCCGCUCCGGGUUUGGGUCGCCGCCUACAACGUGGGCAACGUGCUCAGCCUCCCCCUCCUCUACUGGCGCCACCGGCAUUCCUCCUCCGGCGCCCGCGGCGGCACGCUCUCCGACGAUCCCGAGAUGCACGGCGCCAACGACCCUCUAAGGAACAGGUCGUAUCUGAUGAACAAGGCACGGGCGUUCCUGGAGCUGUUCUUCGCGAUGUGGUUCGUGAUGGGCAACGUGUGGGUGUUCGACGCGCGGCUCGGGUCGUUCCACCGCGCGCCGAGGCUGUACGCGCUCUGCAUCGGCCUCCUCGCAUGGAACGCCGUCGUCUACUCGCUCCCAUUCCUCCUCUUCCUCCUGCUCUGCUGCUUCGUCCCGGCCGUCGGCUACGCGCUCGGGUACAACAUGAACUCCGCGUCCGUCGGCCGGGGCGCCUCCGACGAGCAGCUCGCCGCGCUGCCGCAGUGGCGGUUCAAGGAGCCGGCCGACGCGCCGAGAGACCGCGACCACGACGAUCAGGAGUGCUGCAUAUGCCUGGCUCAGUACAAGGAGAAGGAGGAGGUGAGGCAGCUGCCGUGCACGCACAUGUUCCACCUGAAAUGCGUGGACAGGUGGCUCAGGAUCAUCUCCUCUUGCCCUCUCUGCAAGCAAGAGCUCAGCUAGAAAAACAAGCUGACAUGAAUACGGAGCUACUGAUACCGCGCCUUCCGACGCAUGCGUCGCACCUCACGGAAGAAGAAAAAGAAAAGAAAAAAAAACCCUGGCACGCCAACCAUGCGUGCACUGACCUAGUUCGAUAUUGCUGAUGACGGCACGAUGAAUAUUUAUGCAUACACUUGCAUGUGAAAAAGAUAUGCUUGGAUUAAUUAGGCUAGGUAGACAAGCGGGAAAUGUGUAAAAGAGUUUUUUUGUGUGUGUGUGUGUGUGUGUGUUGUUUGCGGUGUUGUUGCAUCUCUCGAAUGUGGUCGAUCGAGAUGCGCGUGUACGUAGUUUUUUUCAGCAGAAACCAAACGAGAACAUAUACCAGGGUUUGCGCUCGUGCUCCAGCGAAUGCCAACCCAAAGGUAUUCGGCCC